UUUCUUUUACUCUUCCCCCCCUCCCCUUUUCUCCAGUCCUUGUUCUCCCCCUCCUCAUCCUCUCUUCUACAGGGGCAAUGCCGCCGAGAGGCUUUGAUGCUAAUUAGCACACGCUGAAGCCAUUACGCCAGCCUGGGUACAGUACAAUAUAACGACUCUAUCAGCCUCGCUGCUUUGGGGAGAGCACGGAGUGGCUGAGGAUGUCUGCGAAGCAACUGAGGACUCCUGUCUCUACAUAAGCAGUGGCCCAAAGAGAGACAUGUUGGGACAGAGCUCUUUAGGCUGGUACAAUACUCCCUGCACUGAGACAAGCAUCGCAAACUAUGGCAAUAGCUUGGAGGCUCCUGACGUGGACUGUCAUCUUCACCACGGCCAUGUGCAACUUUCCUGGUUACACGUUCCAGUCACAAGAGGAGUUCCUCUCCAGCCUCGAUCACUAUGAAAUCGCUUUUCCCAUCCAAGUGGACCAAAACGGGGACUUCCUCACCUUUGACAUGAGAAGCCCGCUGAAACAACGCCCCCGGCGCAGCCUGGGAUCCCUGUCCUAUGAGCCAUCUGAGCAACAAGUCUUCUACAAAGUCUCUGCCCACCGGACCCAGUUCCUCCUCAACCUGACGCUGCAUUCGAACCUGCUGGCUGAGCACUUCACGGUGGAGUACUGGAAGCGCGACGGGAUGGACUGGCAGCACGACUUCCACGAGGAUUGCCACUACGCAGGCCACUUGCAAGACCGCUACCUGAACUCAAAAGUCGCCAUCAGCAACUGCAACGGACUGCGUGGGGUGAUAGUCGCAGAUGAAGAGGAGUAUUUCAUUGAGCCGCUGAGCCCAGGAGCCAACGUCAGCACAGGGAACGAGGGCGAGGGAAGCCCGCACGUCGUGUACAAGCGAUCGUCUCUCCAGUACUCACACAUGGAUGCAGCCUGUGGCGUGUUAGAUGAGAAGCCCUGGAAAGGAAGACACUGGUGGCUGAGAACACUAAAGCCCUCCCCGCUGAAGCCAUCAAGCAACCACAGCCAGCGAGGCCAGCUGCCCCUAAAGAGAUCUGUCAGCACCGAGCGCUACGUGGAGACCCUAGUGGUGGCUGAUAAAAUGAUGGUGGGCUACCACGGGCGGCGGGACAUAGAGCAGUAUAUCCUGGCCAUCAUGAAUAUUGUUGCCAAACUUUUCCAGGACUCGAGUCUGGGCAAUAUUGUCAAUAUUCUCGUGACCCGACUAAUCCUUCUCACCGAGGAUCAGCCCACUUUGGAGAUUAACCACCACGCCGGGAAGUCCCUGGACAGCUUCUGCAAGUGGCAGAAAUCAAUCGUGAACCGGAACGGCAAUGGAAACGCUAUCCCCGAGAACGGCAUCGCCAGCCACGACACGGCAGUGCUGAUCACCAGAUACGAUAUUUGCAUCUACAAGAAUAAGCCGUGUGGCACUUUAGGGCUGGCCCCGGUCGGAGGAAUGUGCGAGCGAGAGAGAAGCUGCAGCAUCAAUGAGGACAUUGGCCUGGCAACGGCCUUCACCAUUGCCCAUGAGAUUGGCCACACAUUCGGCAUGAACCACGAUGGGGUCGGCAACAGCUGUGGCUCUCGUGGGCAGGAAACAGCCAAGCUCAUGGCUGCUCACAUCACCAUGAAGACCAACCCCUUUGUAUGGUCCACAUGCAGCAGGGAUUAUAUUACCAGCUUCCUGGACUCAGGGAUGGGAUUAUGCCUGAACAAUGCUCCUCCCAAGCAAGACUUCAUCUACCCAACCGUGGCUCCAGGGCAGGCCUACGAUGCAGAUGAGCAGUGCAGUUUCCAGUACGGAGUUAAAUCUCGCCAGUGUAAAUACGGGGAAGUCUGCAGUGAGCUGUGGUGUCUGAGCAAAAGCAACCGCUGCAUUACCAACAGCAUACCUGCAGCCGAGGGGACCAUUUGCCAAACCAAUACCAUUGAAAAGGGGUGGUGCUACAAGAGGGAGUGCGUGCCCUUUGGCACACGGCCGGAGGGAGUGGACGGCGCCUGGGGGACCUGGUCAUCCUGGGGGGAGUGCAGCAGGACAUGUGGGGGAGGAGUGUCAUCCUCCCUCCGCCAGUGUGACAGCCCAAGGCCAACCAUUGGAGGGAAAUAUUGCCUAGGCGAACGGAAGCGCUACCGGUCGUGCAACACCGACGACUGCCCUCCUGGCUCCCAGGACUUCCGCGAGCUGCAGUGCUCCGAGUUCGAUAAUGUUCCCUUCCGAGGAAAAUACUACACGUGGAAGACGUACCGGGGAGGGGGUGUGAAAGCCUGUUCCCUCAACUGCUUGGCCGAGGGCUUCAAUUUCUACACGGAGAGGGCUGCGGCUGUGGUGGAUGGGACCCCCUGCCGGCAGGACUCCAAUGACAUCUGCGUCAAUGGGGAGUGCAAGCACGUGGGCUGCGACCGCAUACUGGGCUCUGACUUGAAGGAGGACAAGUGCCGCGUAUGCGGUGGCGACGGGAGUACCUGCGAGACCAUCGAAGGCAUUUUCAACCAGUCCCUGCCUGAAGGAGGUUAUGAGGAGGUCAUCUGGAUUCCCAAGGGCUCGGUGCACAUUGAUAUCCGGGAGCUGAACCUUUCCAUCAACUACCUAGCACUGAAAGGGGAGAACGGCGAGUACUACAUCAAUGGCAAGCUCUCCAUCGACCCACCGAGGCGCUUUGACAUAGCUGGGACGACGUUCCACUACAGGAGAUCUCAGGAUGAACCCGAAUCGCUGGAGGCCUUAGGACCUACCAAUGCCACUCUCCUUGUCAUGGUUCUCGUACGGACAGAGCAGCCAGGGAUUCGGUACAAGUUCAAUGCACCCAUCACCCGGGACACCUUAAACCAGUACUCUUGGCACUACACCCCAUGGACCAAAUGCUCAGCUGUAUGCGCAGGGGGCAGUCAGGCCCAGUCCAUCGUAUGCAGGAAACUGGCUGACAGCUCGACAGUCUUCAACCAUUUCUGUAACCCUGAAGCCAAACUACCUGAGAGGCAGAGGCCGUGCAACACUGAGCCAUGUCCACCGGCCUGGGCGAUCGGGAAUUGGUCCGAAUGCAGCCGGAGCUGCAAUGAGGGCGUCCGCACACGCAGCGUCAUCUGCAAGCGCAAGAUCUCCACCACCGAGGAGAAGACGCUGGAUGAUGCCUCCUGCACCCAGCCACGGCCCAAGAUGCUGGAGCCCUGCAACAAUCAAACGUGUCCCCCAGAAUGGGUUGCCCUGGACUGGUCAGAGUGCACCCCGAGCUGCGGGCCGGGUUUCCGCCACCGCAUCGUGCUUUGCAAAAGUGGUGACCACAGCUCGACCCUGCCAACCUCGCAGUGCCCCGAGAGCUCCAAGCCCCCUACCAGCAUGAGGUGCAACCUCCGGCGCUGCCCGCCCCCACGCUGGGUGACUGGCGAAUGGGGAGAGUGCUCCGCGCAGUGCGGCCUUGGCCAGCAGAGGCGCUCCGUCCAGUGCUUGACCCACACAGGGCAACCGUCUAGCAACUGCGUGGAGUCCCUGCAGCCGCCGGCCAUGCAGCAGUGUGAGACCAAGUGUGAAUCGGGACCUACGGACAACCCCGAAGAGUGCAAGGACGUGAACAAGGUGGCCUACUGCCCCCUGGUGCUGAAGUUCAAGUUCUGCAGCCGGACCUACUUCCGACAGAUGUGCUGUAAAACGUGCCAGGGGCAUUAACGGAGCGAGGCCGCCCCUGUGGGAAAACUGGAAGGCGAGAGCUACGCUGAAGGGCAGCCGAGCCGUGCCGUUCCCCUCCGCCCCCUGGGAAUCUCCAGAGGAUUCAAAGCAAACACUGGUCGCGCUCCUGGUGGGAGCCGGCGACCCCCAACCCCUCCUGCAUGACCCCCCCAGAGCCCCGACGGCGGGUUAAACCACUGCUGAUGCCCGUGCCACUCCGGAGACCACCAGCGCCAAGCACGAGGGGAGCGGGGCAGUCCCUGCGGCCAUGGCAGAGCCGGUCACCACGGUGGGAGGCGGGGAGCGGGGCAGAGCUCGGCAACAAGGACAUUACUUGAAACAGACAUUGUUAUUUAUUUAGUAGCGCAAAUGGGUCCCGUGGGUGCCAGCCGGUGGCCAUCAGCCCUGUUAGCCCUGCCCACCAUGGCGGGGGACCCCGAGGCGGCUCGUGAUGUCAUAGGGGGAGAAGAUAAAACAAGUCGCUGGCAGCGAAUCAGCAUUCUGCACUCCUGCCCUCUUCCUACCCCGAAGGGCACCUCUGUCCACCACUGGGAAGCUGAGCGCGCUGCGUGCCUGCCGCUGCACUGGGAAGCUGGCCUGGGUUAGGUGGGGGUGGGGAACUAAUCGAUGGAGCGAUGGAGAAAAUGGGAAGGAGGAGGAGAGGGGCAAAGGAUUCCAGCUACCAGCCGGCCCCGGACAGUCAGCACUGCGCAUGCCUUUAGGCUUCUUUAUGGUGGAAGAGGAAUUGCUGCUGGAAAGGGGAGAGGUGGGGGAGGUUCCUUGGAAGAUCUCCUGGAUGACUGGAGAUCCGCUCAGUCCUGAGCACCGCCCAGGAAGUGACUUGAGAUUAACUGGGGGGGUGGAAGGGGGCUGUGCAUUGUUUACAGGCAUGGUUUAUUUCGUUUCCAGGUUUUGCAAAACUUUUCCCGGCUGCUGUGAUCUUUGUUACAGAGGCACCUGGCAGGCCCGACCAAGACCAGGCCCCAGCGCGCUGGGUGCUGUACAUGUAUGUUGUAGGAGACAGGAAUGCUCCCGGUCUAAGUAUAGAUGGUGAAGAAAGGGGGGGGCAAAAGACUUGUUGAAAAAAUCACUUGGCAGCACAGCUGGCAUUCGAGUCCCUAGGCUGGGGCCCUGUCCACUGCCCAGCUGGCCUCUUUAAUUCACCCCCUAUGCAGUCAGUCCCCUUUCAAAAAUCAGCAGCCUCCCCACUUCCUUCCAGGCUGAGAGAGCUCCCAAUCCACUCCUCCAGCUCUGCCCAGGAGGACACCAGCAACCCUGAGAAAAGAGUGACCUUGCAGCUCCCCCACGGCAUCCUCCAUCAGGGUUCACUUCCUUAGCAUCUGUGAUGUAGCAACCUGCCAGUUCCCUUGCCAUCCAAAGUCUUCCAGGGCAAGCAGAUCUGGGCAAGACCUGGAUUUCCAAUGCAAAAAGCAAGUGGGUUUUAUUUUUUUUGUUUUUAUUUUUUAAGUUUCAGGCCUUUUGCAUCAUAAAGAUGGAAAAUUCAGCACAGCCCCAUGUUCGGUUCCCUUGGCAGGGAAGAUCCAGGGACGCUGAGAGGGCUUGUCUGGGUAACCCUCUUCUCUCAAAUGGCCCUUUCUCCCCUGCCCCAGUCCUUAUCUAUUCAUGUACCUUCUACAGUAUUAUCUGUUCACCAGCCAAUCACAGCCUCUCAAGUACUGUGCAGUUCCUGAUUGGCUGGCGAGCGGGCAUCAAUAGCUUUCUUCCCGGUGGAAUGCUCCAUUCCAAUAUUUUCGCUGGGGGGGGGUGGUGCGGGGGUUGUUUUCACCAUUUUAUAUAAAUAUAUAUAAUAAAAAGUGUUUAAAAUACUAACUCUGAGAAGGAGGAGCAAAAUAACGGCAUGAUGUAUAAUAAAGGAGUAGCUACCAUCCUG